UCUGAUGGAAGGAAUGCCGUGGUGUCAAAUCUCCUUGACAGCUUUGAUUGUUACAACAUCAGUAAUGGCAGGCACUUGGCUAACCUCUCAACUCCAAUCAUCUAUAAUGUCCCACUACCUUCGCUAUUCAUCGAAGAAGACCAAUCCAUAUUGUGCGGAAGCUCUUGUGGAUAUGUUUUGCUAUAUUCUGGAAAUAUGAAGAACAUCCUCCAGAUAUUGAGACACGAUGGU